AUGAAGUUUUCACAAGUCGUUUCAAUUGCCUUGCUUUCAGUAGUUGCUCAAUCGGCUAUUAUCACUAAGACCGCCACCGAUACCAGUGUAGUCACUGUUGUUAUUGAUCCAGUUACAGUUGUCGUUAAGCCUCAAAAGCAAGCAGCUCCUACCUCAACUCAAGUUUCAGUUGAAGCUGAAGAUCCAGCUCCAGCUCCAAAAGAACAACCAAUUGAAGUUCAAGCUCCAGCUCCAUCUGAAGCUCCCCAACCAGUUUCAUCUCCAUCUGAAGCUCCUCAACCAGUUCCAUCUCCAUCUGAAGCUCCCCAGCCAGCUCCAUCUCCAUCUAAAGCUCCUACCGCAGCACCUAAAAAACAACCUGUGGUUAAAUCAGAAGGUAAGUCUACCGAUCAAGGCGAUUUCAGUGGUGUACGUGAUCUUGAAUUCUCCAAACAAAUUCUUAAUGCACACAAUGAAAAGCGUGCCGCCCAUGGUGUUCCUGCAUUAACAUGGAGUAAAAAGGUUUAUAACUUUGCACAACAAUAUGCUGAUGCCUAUGAUUGUUCUGGUAAUUUAAAACAUUCUGGUGGCCCAUUUGGUGAAAAUUUGGGUGUUGGUUAUAAGACCGCUGCAUCUGUUGUUGAUGCAUGGUAUAACGAAGGUAAGAAUUACAAUUACAACACCAGAACAGUUUUGGAUCACUUCACCGCUGUCAUUUGGAAAUCAACCACUCAGUUGGGUUGUGCUUAUAAAGAUUGUUCUCUGAACAAUUGGGGGUUAUAUAUUAUUUGUAAUUAUGACCCAGUUGGUAAUGUUGCUUCUGAUGAAUAUAAGAAGGAUAACUUAUUACCACCAAUUAAUUAG